GUCGGCAACGCUGUUCCGGUCCCGGACAUGAUCGGACCCAACUCUGCGGACGACUUGAUUCGGCCGCUGUGCCCAUGGAGGAGCUGUGGAGCGUCAACGCGAGCGCGCAUUGGAACGCGUCCGUGGCGGGCAAGGAGCGCGUGAGCGGCGCGGACGUACCCGUGGACGGCUCGCCAGCGCUGCGCAUACUCGUCUCAGUGGUGUACUCGCUGGUGUGCGCAGCCGGUCUGCUGGGGAACCUGCUGGUGCUCGUCCUGGUCAAGGUGCGCGGCGGCGGGGGCGGCGGUGCAGGUAAAAGGCGCGCCACCAUCAACCUGUUCAUCGUCAACUUGGCAGUGACUGACCUUCAGUUUGUGCUGACUCUGCCCUUCUGGGCAGCGGACACACUGCUGGACUUCAGCUGGCCCUUUGGCCACGCCAUGUGCAAGGUGGUGCUCAGCGUGACCGUCAUGAACAUGUACGCCAGCGUUUUCUUCCUCACCGCCAUGAGUGUCACAAGGUACUGCUCCGUGGCAUCUGCGUUGCCAGAGCAUGCAUCUGGGCAGGGGCGUGCCUGUUCUGCACUCUGGGCAGUGGGCGCAUUAUGGGCGGCGGCCACCUUGGCCACAGCACCCACCGCCAUUUUUUCUACGGUGAGGCGGGUGGCAGGGGACCGCCUGUGCCUGCUGGACUUCCCGGAAGGGGGGGCAUGGCUCGCUCUCUACCAUGUACAGAAGAUCCUUGUGGCUUUUGUGCUCCCUGCGCUGGUGGUGUGUGCCUGCUACCUGUUGUUGCUGCGCUUGCUCCGGGCACGCACCUUCAGUGCCAAGCAGGUGAGGCGGCGGGCACGCAUCACCCGCUCAGUGACCCUGGUAGUCGUGUCCUUCUUUGUGUGCUGGAUGCCCAACCACGCCAUCACGCUGUGGGGGGUUCUGGUCAAGUUCAACGUGCUGCACUGGGACCGUGCCUACUACCUGGCACAUACCUACGUGCACCCCCUCAGUGUGUGCCUAGCGCACACCAACAGCUGCCUCAACCCGGUUCUCUACUGCCUCAUGCGCCCGGAGUUCCGUGCCAGGCUAAAGAACAUGUUCUGGAGGGUGUCAUCCCCUGCUGCCCCCCGAUCUGCUACCACUGUGCGCACGCGGCCUGGUGACGUCGUCAUCCCGCUCAACAACGUGGACACAGAGCAUUGCCGUCUGUCAGUUCUGACAGAUCAGUGUGACCCAGUUCUGACUCUGGAGCCACACGCCAGUGACACUGGAGUGGAAGAUCAGGACGCUCACAUGGAUGCUUUCAUGAGGAACGUUGAAAUGUUUGGACAGGAAGUGACGCAUCCUAACAAGGACCUACAUCACAGCUGAACUGACAACUGGGAAGUCGGACAUUGUGUAUUGUGCAUAGCAACGGCACUCAAAGACGGAAUUCCUACUCACAAAAUCACCGAGCAGAAGAAAUGUAAUGUUACACGUUAACGGCAGCGUCUGUGUUCUAUUGAUGUAAUGUGCAUUUAUGUGUAUUCACCGGGUCAAACUAACCACAGGCUGUUGUAAACAUAUAUGUCCUCUCAUCAUGUGCAAAGUUAUUUCAUGCGGUGAAGGAG